AGUGAUGGCCGGCGAUGGCGCUGGCGAUGGCUCUGGCGAUGCCCCGCGACGGCUCAAGGGCAAGCUCUGCCGCGAAGAGGUAGCAGUAGUGCUAGCAGCAGUGGCAACGGCAGUGGUUCUUGUCCAGCGAUUCGUGGAUGAGCACAGCUUGCUUGUGCUUCUCCCCGGCAAUGCUGCGGCCGCCCUGGAAUCGUCAAUGCAGGCUACCAGCAGCGCGCUCGCGAAGCUCCAGACUAUGUUCUCGCUCACGGCGGCGAGCGAUGCCGCGGCCGCCGCUGCUGAUCCGGCCAUCGCCAGCGACGAUGAUCACCAGCUCCAUUCUUCCUCGUCGAGCCUGAGAAAGGCCGUCCAUGCGAUGGGGGAUACGAUCGCUCCUCCUCGGUUUCACGAUGUUUUCCAAAGCGGUGACGAUGUCCACUGGAAGGCGAGCUUCCGGAUGUCUCGGGCCAGUUUCGCGAGGCUGCUGGAGAUUUUAGGCCCGGUUCUCGAGAGACAAGAGCCCGCUGACAUCCCCGCCGAUCGAAAGCUGGCCGCGACGCUCUACCGCUUGGCUCACGGCGCGACCAUCAAAGUCGUAGCUCGCAAGUUUGGAAUCAGCACUGGCAGCUGCUCCAAGGCCUUCUACGACGUUUGCAAGGGAUUGGAGGAGAAGCUGGGCCACCUGUUCGAUUUCCCGACGUCGAGCGAGAGAUUGACGAGCAUCUCCGGCGAGUUCGCCGCUGUAGGAUUGCCACACUGCUGUGGAGCUCUUGGCUGCACCAACUUUGCCGUGGAGAGGCCGCCGGGAGAAAUGGGGAUCGACUACUUCGAUCACACCAGGAACUACAGCGUCGUGAUGCAAGGGGUGGUGGACUCUCGCUCGCGGUUUCUCGACAUCUCAGUGGGCUGGCCGGGAUGCAUCCCUCCCGCCGCCAUCCUUCUCAAGACGAGGUUCUACUCGCGAGUUCGAGAGAGCCAUGAACUUCUCCAAGGACCUCCGCUGGACCUCGGUGGUGGCAUUUUCAUUCCUCGCUACGUUCUCGGAGACCGCUCCUACAACUUGCAGCCGUGGCUCAUCACUCCAUACUCCCAGCCCGAGGACUCGAGCUUCGAUCUGACUGCUCUCUUCAACAAGGCACACAGGCAUGCAAUGCGGCCGCUGCGUCGAGCUUUCGGGAUGCUCAAGGAGCAGUGGCAGCUGCUCAAGACGACGCAGCGGGUGGACAGCAUCGAGCUGCUGCCGUUCAUCGUGGCGGCGUCGUGCGUGCUCCAGAACUUCCUCAUCGACAACGGGGAGGCGAUGCCCGAGGUGGAGGAGGAGCUGGAGCAGCGGGAGCCGGCGGUGGUGGACGGGGAUCCAGACGUUUACGGGGAGAGCGUGCGAAGCGCUUUGGCAGGCUUUGUCGGGCAGUAUCAAACAGCAAUGGGAUUUGGAGGAGGUCCAGUGCGAUCCGUGGGUCAGAUGGUGGUAGAUGGAACGAGGAACGGCUAGUCAGUCAGUCGGACAGGAUUGGGACACUACGCAGGAAGGCAAAGUUAGACAAAGACGCGGUGUUUGCAGCAGAAUAUCCAGCACACAGUCCUACGAGGCCGAGAUUUAAUGUCCGGGCAGG